AUGAAUCCCAUUGAUUUUACUCAUCCUCUUUACCUUCAUCCAUCGGAUUCGCCGGGGACUGUGCUGGUUUCGCAUCAAUUGACUGGAAUCGAGAACUACAAUCUGCGGAGCCACUCGAUUCGAAUCGCAUUACUGGCAAAGAAUAAGUUAGGGUUCGUCGACAGCGAUUGCACUCGUGGUGAUUUCGGUGAGCUGCUGCAAUCACUGUGGGAUAGGUGCAAUGCACUCGUUCUUUCAUGGAUCCUAAACACUGUGAGCGUUGAUCUCUCUGCGGGAUUGGUGUUUGCUUCUACGGCAGCGCAUGUUUGGAAUGAUUUGAAGGAACGCUUUAGUAAAGUUGAUGGCUCUCGGAUUUUCUUCCUACAUCGAGAGAUUGCUCUAUUUACUCAAGGUGAUUCCUCCGUUUCAGCCUAUUAUUCGCAUCUAAAGCUUCUUUGGGAUGAGUACAAUGUGUUAGUCCCUGUCUCGUCGUGUAAUUGUGUUAAUGCUUCCCAAGCGUUGAAUCAUGUUCUUCACCACCGUGUUUCACCACUGUCUGAUACAGUGGCCAUGUAUUCCAACUCUGCUAAUUCUCGCCGAGGACGAUUUAAUGGAGUGUGCGACUUUUGUAAGAUCCUUGGCCAUAAGCGUGACCAGUGUUAUAGACUCAAUGACUUCCCUCCUGACUUCAAGUUCACCAAGACAAAGAAAACCUCUUCUGCCAUGGUGGCUAAUUCGGAUCAGGCUAAUAAUCCUUUGGAAUCUUCUCCUUUGGCUCCGAUGUUAACCUCAGAUCAGUACAAUCGUUUAUUGGAGCUUCUUAACAAAGAUAUUCAUGACUCUGGUGAUGUUGUUGCUGCCAAUUUUGCAGGUAUGGUUCAUGAUGGUUUACCUGCUCCUAUGACUAAUUCUAUUACCUGGAUUCUUGACACUGGAGCUACUGACCAUAUGCUGUCUAAUUUUGAAUGCUUGAGUAAUCCUGUUGCAUGCUUCUCCCGUUUUGUUCAUCUUCCAAAUGGUAAAACCCUUCCCAUAACACACGAUCUCUCCAAUGGCAAGAUGCUGGGGAUUGGUAGGAAACAGGGAGGCUUGUAUGGUCUUCAUUCUUUUAGUUCUUUUCUUAGUACUGUUUCUAAGGUUCCUAAUGUGUCUUUUGCUAUUACACCUCAUUCAAAGAGUGUUCUUUUCUCUUCCUUUGGCAUUGUUCAUCAGUCGUCUUGUGUUGACACUCCUCAACAAAAUGGGGUAGCUGAAAGAAAGCAUAAACACCUAUUAGAAGUAGCUAGAGCACUUCGUUUUCAGUCUCGGGUUCCUAUUAAAUUUUGGGGAGAGUGUGUUUUAGCUGCAUGUUAUGCUACUCAAACUAAGCCUCGUGAUAAGUUUGUUCCUAGGGCUAUUCCUUCGGUUUUUAUGGGAUACUCGGAUACUCAAAAAGGUUAUUUAAUGUUUAGCCUUGUGUCUAAGACUUUUUUUCCUUUUGUAUCUGAUUCUGAGUUUUUUGUAACUGAUUUACCUCUGUCCGAUGUGUCUCCAAAUUCAGUUUCUCAACAGUCUGCUUCUAGUCCUUUUAACGAUCCGUGUCCUGCUGUUAUUAGUGCAGAGUCUCCUGCACUUGUUUCUUCUCCUUCUAAUGCCCUUGUUCCUGUUGGUCAUGUUGUUAGGAAGUCUUCUAGAGUUUCCAAGCCUCCACUUUGGUUAAAUGAAUAUGUUUCUUGCCAAUCAUCCACUUCUAGCUUUCAUCCCAUUUCAAAUAACAUUUCUUAUUCUCAUCUUCCAUCUCACACCCAAUCGUUUCUUUCAUCCACUUCCAUUGUUGAACCUACUAGUUAUAAUGAUGUCGUUAAAGACCCUUUAUGGUUCCUUUGCCACCGGGAAAGGUCCCCAUUGGAUGUAUAUGGGUAUAUAAGGUUAAUUUUCGAUGAGAUUGAACGAUAUAAAGCACGUUUGGUUGCGAAAGGCUACAAUCAGCGAGAGGGUGUGGAUUUUGUUGAAACCUUCUCCCCUGUUGCUAAGCUGGUCACCGUACGAACGGUUUUGGCGCUUGCUUCUUUGCAACAUUGGUCUCUGUUUCAAAUGGAUGUCUAUAAUGCAUUUCUUCAAGGGAACUUGCUUGAGGAGGUUUACUUGCCAUUACCUCAAGGAUUUUGA